AGGACUCGUCGCAGUGAAUAGGGCCCUCUCCCGGACUAAAAAAAUGUCAAACAGUAAUAAUUAGUUGGAAGUUGCACCAUCAACCCAACCAAACCCUCUCCUAAACCUAACCAUGAUUAACUGCUAAACCAUGUUUUAAAAGCAAUUAAUUAAAAUCAAAUUAUACUAAUCUCUUCUCCACAGAUCAGUGUCCAAAAGUAAGAGAAAGAGAAAGAACACAACAAAAACAAAACACUAUACACAGACAGCUCAGGGCCAAUGCAGCUUUCUUUGUUUCUGAUUUUUUUGAGUUCUCCAAAGGCAAGUUGGAUUGGAUUUCAUUCCUCAGACUGCUUUGUUUUCUCGGAUUCAGUGCUGUAAUUUUUUAUUUUUUGUUUUAAUGGGGGCGUUGAUCUGAAAAUGGGGAGGAGAAGGAGCAGAAAAUCCAUAAAUUAGGUUAAUGUAGUUCAUUUUUUGUUGCAUUAUUUAUGUUUGUGCAUUUAUUUACGAGCGAGCCACGAUUGCAAUAGUACAGUGAGAUUUUCGGAGAGGGCAGUCAUCGGAGAUUAGGAUUGACUUGGGUUAGUGAAACUGAAAUCGAGAGUUGGGGAUUUAUUGUUGGAGGAGUGAUUAGGGCUUCGAAUUUGGGGGAAUCGAUGGAAUCGAAAAUGGAGCAGUAUGAGAUCAUGGAGCAGAUUGGGCGUGGAGCUUUUGGCGCAGCCAUUUUGGUUAAUCACAAGCUGGAAAGGAAAAAGUAUGUGCUCAAGAAGAUUCGAUUAGCUCGGCAAACGGAACGUUGCCGGAGAUCAGCUCAUCAAGAGAUGGCGUUGAUUGCACGGAUACAACAUCCAUAUAUUGUUGAGUUUAAGGAAGCUUGGGUAGAAAAGGGAUGCUACGUUUGCAUAGUUACUGGCUAUUGUGAAGGUGGUGACAUGGCUGAAACGAUGAAAAAAACCAACGGCCAGUACUUUCCGGAGGAGAAACUGUUGAAGUGGUUCACUCAAUUACUACUGGCAGUUGAUUAUCUUCAUUCGAAUUAUGUUCUGCACCGGGAUCUCAAAUGCUCGAAUAUUUUUCUUACCAAAGAUCAAGAUGUUCGUCUAGGUGAUUUUGGACUUGCUAAAACUUUGAAGCAAGAUGAUUUGGCUUCUUCGGUAGUUGGAACGCCAAAUUACAUGUGUCCCGAACUUCUUGCUGAUAUUCCUUACGGAUUUAAAUCCGAUAUUUGGUCUCUUGGUUGUUGUAUGUACGAAAUGGCUGCUCAUCGUCCGGCAUUCAAGGCUUUUGACAUGGCGGGAUUAAUAAGCAAGAUUAAUCGAUCAUCUAUCGGCCCUUUGCCUCCGUGUUACUCUCCAUCCUUGAAAGGGCUAAUCAAGAGCAUGUUAAGAAAAAACCCGGAGCACCGAUCAAGUGCGUCGGAACUGCUGAAGCACCCAUAUCUACAGUCGUAUAUCGAACAGUACCGCCCAUCCUAUAACCCCGUUGCUUAUAUUUCACCUGAGAAACCUCUCUCCAAUCGCGAGAGUCGAAAAAGUAUGGCUGAAAGUCAAAGUAGCAACAGUUCUUGCAGUGACAGAGACAGCUUAAUGUCGAACGAGAGAAACAUUAUCAACAGAGAUAUUACAGAGUCGCCUUCUUUGUAUGACGGUGUUGGUUCUAGACAGCUUCAGUUGAGAGAAGAAACGGAGUUCUUAUUGCCUGUAAUAAAUACCAAAGAAGAUGAUGUUGGAAAACCAAACGGCAGUGAAUCAAAGCAGCCUAAGACAAUUAAGAAUAUUAUGAUAGCACUCAAAGAAGGCAAAAGCAGAGAGAAUAGUUCUCCAAUGAGAAGCAACCAUGCAAAAGGGCAGAGAAUAAUCGUCGAAGCAUCUCCAAGAUUCACCAAACCGGGCCCCGUUAAUCACGGUCUUAAGGGUAAUAAUAAUGCAGAGACGCCAUUGAAGGCGCACUCUGAUUCCACUAAGCGAACAGUACAAGGAACACACUCUUUGAAACAUCAGUUGCCUGUAAUGGAAACCCCUCCGAAGACAAAAGCUAGGCAUGAAGGUAUUCCUCCAUCGGGUCCCGCAAAGCCUAUUAGUCCUGAAGAAGGGUUCUCUAUAAGGGCAAGACAAAAAACACCUCCGAACACACUUUCUAGAAGGCCGUCUUUUCCUGUACGGAUAAGGCAAGUGGUUCCCGAUACAAAGAUUGCUCCUAUCGAGGUUCAAGAUUCCGAACCAACGAAAUCGGUGCCUUUUGCUUGCAAUUCACAUAUUUCGAGGGAAAUUAUGCAACAUUCUAGGAAGCCUAUAGGGGCAGGUUCUAAGAGAACAAUGCAAACAGAUAGUAGCAAUUCGGCUUCUUCUUCGAUAUCUAUCCAAGGAUUUGAGCUCUCUGACGAUGCCUCGGAAAUCGAAACGGGAAAAUUAGCGACUGAAUUUGAAAUUAGCGACACUAGACCAAGCUGUUCCACCCCUUCGUCCACAUCAUACUCCGAAAGAGUACUCGAAAAUUCGUCGGCAAAUUCGAAUGAUGACUAUAAAUGCUCCACCGAUAAUAAUAAUACAUUUCAAGAACCGUCGGAUGAUAAAACUAUGCAUGCGACCGCUUUUGACGACAAAACUAGUUCUAUUGGAGAAGAUGACAAGUUCAUGGUGGUGAAGAAACACGUUCCUCCGGAAUGUGCCACUUCUUCGGCAAAUGUGCAAAAUGCGGCUAAAGAAAAAACCAAUAUCCCACAAGCGUGUAAUGAAGUGAUACACGUGAUACGUCACAGCAGUUUCCAAGUCCAAGGGAACAUUGACCGAAGUGUGGAUGUUGGUAAGUUGAUUAAUGUUGUAAGAGAUGACUUUGAUGUACAAGAUUCGAGUUCGAAAUUGUCUAAUAAUUUCUCUGAGAAUGUGGUUCCGAAUUCGAAUAUCUCCGAAACACCCAUCACAAAGGAAAUCGAUGUGGGGCCCACAGCAAAUGCAGCCCCCAUUGUUGCGAGAUCGGAUUCUUCAGAAACGGUGAAAGUGCAAGAAGAAGCACCGGUGGUACAACAAAUUAAGGAAACACUGGAUGUGAAUUCGUUCAGACAAAGAGCGGAUGCGCUCGAAGGGCUGUUGGAACUGUCUGCAGAUUUGCUACAGCAGAGUAGGCUAGAAGAACUUGCUGUGGUACUCAAGCCUUUUGGAAAGGAGAAGGUUUCACCGAGGGAUACGGCUAUUUGGCUCGCCAAAAGUCUCAAAGGAAUGAUUAUAGACGAGACCGGUCGCAAUUUGUGAAUCACAGAAUGUACACUGCUAUUCGUUUCUUGAUUUUUUUUUUUUUUUUCAAUUUGUGUAAUAAUUUUCAGACAUUGAUAUUGUAUAUAGUCUUAUAAUUCAUUAUGUUAAAGAAGAGAACAAUGUUAGCAACUU